AGAGAAUCCAAUGCUUUAUUUAUUUUCGUUCAAGCUUUUCCUACACCCAAAAAAGCAAGACCCUUCAUAUAUAUAAUUCGAUCAAAUUUAAUCACAUUAUCAAUAACGACCUGUCGUUGGUAGCUUUUAUUAUUAUUAUUAUUAUUUUGUCAGAAUUGUAAUUAACAACGACAUGUUUUUUGCCAACAACAAUGUCGUUAUUGAUAAUUAUAUUAACAACGACAUUGUCGUUAGGAAUAAUUUUUUUUUCUUUUGAAUUAUAGCCGUUGAAAGAGGCGGCAAUUUUCCCUCCAAUAAAAGACACACUGACACACUGCAACGUGUCAGUCUACCACUAACGACAAUGUCGUUAGUAGUAGUCGUUGGGACUAAAUUCCCCAUCUGAUCCCCAUUAAAUCAUUUCUCCCAUUUCAAACCAACCCCAUAACCCUAGCUGCGUUUUCCAAACCCACUUUCAACAUUCAUCUCCAUCUCUUCAUCUAUCCUUUUCUUCAUCUUCCUUUUUUUUUCUAUUUUUUUUUGCAAAUCUUAAAUUUGUGGCUGAACCAUAUUGUCGCACCACCACAGUGUCGUCACCAACCCUUGUCGGACCACCACACUGUUGUCGGCUCCUUUCCAACGCCGCCUGAACGUCGCCGAACCACCUCACCGCCGCUAUUUUCAGAUAUAGUUGUGUUACUAUCUAUACUGGAGUCACUAUAAGCAACUCAGACAAUAUUUUUAUAAUGCAAUCCAUAAAAAUGUCAGCAAAUGUUGCUAAUUAUCAUGGUGGAGAUGGCGAUGGGGAUGACCCGUUAGAUUCUACUGGGGUACCUGCUGCGUGCGAGACUUCUGGCGGUGAAUCGAGGAAAGGCCGUGGGAAGAAUGUUUUGGUAAAUUUAGAAGAGAGAAGAAAAAAAGCUGGUGUCUCGUUGCCAUUAGAAGUUGACAAUGUCUCAAACAAAAUAGUAGGAUUGGAGAGUAAAACUUUUCCUCGUUUGAUAGGGCGAGAGAUUACAUUGCAUGUGCCUGGACAUUAUUCAAGUUGGGAAAAUGUCCCGGAGCAGUUUGAACACCUCAUCUUAACCAAACUUAAGCAUUAUUACCAGAUGGACAGCAAUCCAAAACUAAUAGCUAUUUCGAUAGCUGAGAUGGCCGAGAAAUACAAAACGAGAAAGAAUAUUAGACUGGCACAUUUCAAAAAAUAUUACCAAAACCCAGAAGACUUUGAAAAUGCAGUCAAGAACCCUCCCAAUGAACUUAGUGAAGAACAAUGGCGACUAAUAUGUCAAUUAUUCACAACUUCUGAAUUUAUUCAACGGUCUAAGGAAAACGCUCUCAAUCGGCAAAAGAUGAAAUAUUCUUCAACACAAGGGUCGAUAACUAUGGCUAAGACUCUUCAUCAAAAUCAAGAAAAGAGUUACAUUGAGACUUGGAAAGAUUGUCAUACAAAGAAAGGCACACACACCUUUAUCAAUGAGGCUGCCAAAAAUAAAUAUGAAGAGAUGGUGAUAACCCGAAAUAGUGCUCCUGAAUCUUCACAAGUUUCUAAGCUUGAGAUACUUCGGCAGACUCUUGGAGAGAGGCGUGCCCAUCAGCGAGGAGUGGGUCGCAAAUUGAAAGGGCAAUCAUCAGGACGACACUCACAACCUGCAACUACUGAUCAACCUGACUUACAGGAAAUAAUUGUUGAGAUGCAGAAACAAAUACAGAUGUUGACUCAACAAUUGUCACGUGAACGUCGAGAACCAAUAGAUGUUGAGAUGAAUGAUGCAGCUCCAACCCAACCAAUGCGUCCACAACUGUCUGGCUCUCAAAUGCCUGGAGAUGGAUUUGGUCCAUCUUUUCAGCCAAUGGGUUUUCAUCAUCAGCAGCCGCAGCACACUCCUAUUUCGUUUCAGCAACUGCUACAGCAGCCUCCUGUUCCUUUGUCUGCAUCAUUAACUCCUGAACAAUUUCACAGUCAAAUGUAUCAGUCAUACUUGCAGUUUUUGGCACAGUCGCCAAAAAAUUUGCAAGUAGUGAUGAAUAUGAUGAUGCAAUUGCCUCAGACGUCUCAUGUGUCACAGUCUCGAAUGCCACAAAUGAUGCCGACACAACAUAUGUCACAGAUGCCGCAAAAUGUUCAGAUGAUGUCGACAGAAGGGCAGCAAUAUCAGCAAACAUCACAAACAAUGUCGACACAACCAUGGCAGCAGACAUCGCAGACGAUGCCGACACAACUAGGGCAGCAGACAUCGCAGACAAUGCCGACACAACAAGGGCAGCAAUAUCAGCAAACAUCACAAACAAUGUCGACACAACCAUGGCAGCAGACAUCGCAAAUAAUGCCGACACAACCAGGGCAGCAGACAUCGCAGACGAUGCCGACACAACCAGGGCAGAAGACAUCUCAGACGAUGCCGACACAACCAGGGCAGAAGACAUCUCAGACGAUGCCGACUCCACAUGGUCAGUAGACAUCUCAAAUGAUGACAAGUUCGCAAAUGUCGCCAUACUACCCAUAAAUACUGAAUGUUCCUAGAGAUGCUAGUGAUGAUGACGAUGCUACUACAAACUUCUUUUAGAAUUUUAUUUUAGUUUUACGAACUAUUAAUUUUAUGUUUAUUGAUAUUUUAUGAACACUCACUCUAUAUUUAAGUAAGCAGUAUUGUAAUGUUUGUGACUCACUCUUUAUUGUAAUGUUUGUGACUCUAAAUAUUUAUUAUGAAAAAGUAUUUACUAUUUUUACUCUAAAUUUCAUGAAUUAAUUAAUUUAAUUAUUUCAUAUA